GGCAGAUGCAUCUGGGAAGGUCCUGGUGGUGACUCCAACCCUGCCCUCACAUAUCCCAAGAGCAGGCUGACUGCCUUCCCCAUUCCCACCUUUCCAGUAACUGCUGCAAGAAGGGACAGACACUGCUACAGAGAACUUGCCACGGUGUUUCAUGCUGCGGCCAGUGGUUCCAGGCUGCACCCUCCAUUCUAGAAAGGGGCCCUCAGCCCAGUCCCUUGCAGGCUGGACCUUGGAGAGUGAGGCCCUGAGGCGAGACAUGGGCACCUGGCUCCUGGCCUGCACCUGCAUCUGCACCUGUGUCUGCUCGGGAGUCUCUGUCACAGGGGAAAGACAAGGGCCAAGGGCUAGAACCUUCACCUGCCUCACCAACAACAUUCUCAGGAUCGAUUGCCACUGGUCUGCCCCAGAGCUGGGACAGGGCUCCAGCCCCUGGCUCCUCUUCACCAGCAACCAGGCUCCUGGCAGCACACAUAAGUGCAUCUUGCGGGGCAGUGAGUGCACCAUCGUGCUGCCACCUGAGGCGGUGCUCGUGCCAUCUGACAAUUUCACCAUCACUUUCCACCACUGCAUGUCUGGGAGGGAGCAGGUCAGCCUGGUGGACCCGGAGUACCUGCCCCGGAGACACGUUAAGCUGGACCCGCCCUCUGACUUGCAGAGCAACGUCAGCUCUGGCCACUGCAUCCUGACCUGGAGCAUCAGUCCUGCCUUGGAGCCAAUGACCACACUUCUCAGCUAUGAGUUGGCCUUCAAGAAGCAGGAAGAGGCCUGGGAGCACGCCCAGCACAGGGAUCACAUUGUCGGGGUGACCUGGCUCAUACUUGAAGCCUUUGAGCUGCACCCUGGCUUUAUCCAUGAGGCCAGGCUGCGUGUCCAGAUGGCCACACUGGAGGAUGAUGUGGUAGAGGAGGAGCGUUACACAGGCCAGUGGAGCGAGUGGAGCCAGCCUGUGUGCUUCCAGGCUCCCCAGAGACAAGGCCCUCUGAUCCCACCCUUGGGGUGGCCAGACAACACCCUUGUUGCUGUGUCCGUCUUUCUCCUGCUGAUUGGCCUGACUUACCUCCUGUUCAAGCUUUCGCCCAGGGUGAAGAGAAUCUUCUACCAGAACGUGCCCUCUCCAGCGGUGUUCUUCCAGCCCCUCUACAGUGUGCACAAUGGGAACUUCCAGACUUGGAUGGGGGCCCACAGGGCCGGUGUGCUGUUGAGCCAGGACUGUGCUGGCACCCCACGAGGAGCCUUGGAGCCCUGCGUCCAGGAGGCCACUGCACUGCUCACCUGUGGCCCAGCGCAUCCUUGGAAAUCUGUGGCCCUGGAGGAGGAACAGGAGGGCCCUGGGACCAGGCUCCCAGGGAACCUGUGCUCAGAGGAUGUGCUGCCAGCAGGGUGUAUGGAGUGGAGGGUACAGACGCUUGCCUAUCUGCCACAGGACUGGGCCCCCACGUCCCUCACUAGGCCUGCUCCCCCAGACUCAGAGGGCAGCAGCAGCAGCAGCAGCAGCAACUACUGUGCCUUGGGCUGCUAUGGGGGAUGGCACCUCUCAGCCCUCCCAGGAAACACACAGAGCCCUGGGCCCCUCCCAGCCCUGGCCUGUGGCCUUUCCUGUGACCAUCAGGGCCUGGAGACCCAGCCAGGAGUUGCCUGGGUGCUGGCUGGUCAGUGCCAGAGGCCUGGGCUGCAUGAGGACCUCCAAGGCAUGUUGCUCCCUUCUGUCCUCAGCAAGGCUCGGUCCUGGACAUUCUAGGUCCCUGACUCACCAGAUGCAUCAUGUCCAUUUUGGGAAAAUGGACUGAAGUCUCUGGAGCCCUUGUCUGGGACUGAACCUCCUGAGAAGGGGCCCCUAGCAGCAGUCAGAGGUCCUGUCUGGAUGGAGGCUGGAAGCUCCCCCUCAACCCCUCUGCUCAGUGCCUGUGGGGAGCAACCUCUACCCUCAGCAUCCUAGCCACAGGUUCCUCCUUCCGUUGUCCCUUUUCUUUAUCCCUGGCCUCUCUGAGAAGUAGGGUGUGGUCUCUCAGCUGUUCUGCCCUCAUCCCCUUCAAGGGCCAGCCUGGGCCCAGUGGACACAGGUAAGGCACCAUGACCAUCUGGUGUGACCUCUCUGUGCCUUCCUGAGGCACCUUUCUAGAGAUUAAAAGGGGCUUCAUGGCUGUUCCAAAGUGCUGAUGGCUGGGAAGAGGGGCCAGAGGAGGGGUGAGGGGCGAGGUUUGGCCAGCCCUGGGCUUUCCGGGCUCUAGAGAUAGCACAGUGGAGGCUCAAUGACCGUUCUGGGGACAGCAAGGUGGAGGUUCAGGGGCAGCUUCGGGACAGCAGGAUGGAGGCUUAGGGACAGUUCCUGGGAGGCCAGCUCCCUUGUUCCUCCUUGUCCUCAUCCUCCCACUUGCUCCAGGAAACUGAGAGCUGAGGCUGGAGCUUCCAGACAGUCAGGGCUGGAAGUGACCAUCCAGCAGUGAUGGUGGCCUGUGAAGGGUCCUGCUUCUGUCCUCAGCCUCUCAUGGGGUGGGCUUGGGGAGGAGCUGUGGUCUGGAGAGAGUGGCAGUUGGAGUAGAACGUGCCUGCAUUUGUUUCCUAGGGCUGCCAUAACAAAAUGCCACAAAAUGGUUAGCUUAGAACCACAGAGAUUUGUUGUCUCACAAUUUCGAAGUCCAGAAGUUGGAAAUAAAGAUGUUGGCAGUGUUCCCAACCACGUGUUCUUGGGCUCCCAUAAAACAGAAGUUGAUAUGAGGCCAAGCAAGCUUCCCAGACAAGGCUUUAUUAAGUCUUAUGCCCCGAAAGGUCGGGCAGAAGAGAGAUAGUGCAGGAGGAAGGAUUCUUGGCUGACUCCCCAAGGGGAAUGCAUUGUGGUGUCUUAAGGAGGGUGACAUGCAUAAUUUAUGAGCUAUGUGAGUGUCAUUACACGUAUGGGGUGGAGUGAAGGGUGCUCAGAUGCAUGCUAACACAUAUGUUGCAUGAUCAGAAAAUGGCAGAUAAGCCCCUCCCUGGGUGAGGACUUCAGUAUUAUCAUAAGGCCAGGGUCAUUCUCCUAGCCUUGUGCACAAGCAGGUGAUAGAGUCAACUCCCCUGAGUAAGACUUACGGCGAGAUGCUGCUUAUCUUAGUUUAUUUCAGACAGUUGGCAAGGUCUGGUCAGCGAGUCUGGCACCUGGAGGGUGGUGCUGCAAGGUCUAGUGGUCAGUGGGCAUGUAUGGAACAACACGUUAGUGGGGGUGGGCCGAGUCCCAUUUCUACUCUGUCUCAGCAGGGCCAUGCUCCCUCUGAAGGCACUAGGGAAGGAUUAGUUUCAGUCCUCUCUUCAGCUUCUGUUAGUUUCUUGGCUUGUGACACCAAAGCUGUAAUCUUUUUUUUGUUUUGUUUUUGAGACGGAGUUUUGCUCUUGUCGCCCGGGCCGGAGUGCAAUGGCACAAUCUCGGCUCACUGCAACCUCCGCCUCCCAGGUUCAAGCGAUUCUUCUGCCUCAGCCUUUGGAGUAGCUGUGAUUACAGGCACCUGCUACCAUGCCUGGCUACUUUUUGUAUUUUUAGUAGAGACGGCGUUUUGUUAUGUUGGCCAGGCUGGUCUCAAACUCCUGAUAUCAAGUGAUCCACCUGCCUCUGCCUCCCAAAGUGUUGGGAUUACAGGCGUGAGCCACCGCGCCUGGCCAAAGUUCCAGUCUUUACAGGGCUUUUUCCUUGUGUGCAUUUCUGUGUCCAAAUUUCCCCUUUUUAAAAUCACAAUAAUAGUGAAUUAAGGCUGGCCCUAACGAUUUAAUCUUAACUUGAUCAUCUGCAAAGACACUAUUUCCAUAUAAGGUCACAUUCACCGCUACUGGUGUUAGGACUUCAACCUAGAGGGCCUGACUGCUGGCCCCACACAUCAUGGCCCCUCCCAGCAUGCCCCAUCCCCUUCCUGGGUGCCCCAGGCAGAUCACAGGAGGGCCUGACUGCUGGGCUUUGGGCUGGCAUUGGGAUCAUUUGCCUAGUUAGCGCUGUGACCAGACUGAGAUAGGAGGUGGGACCUGACUCCUGAAGCAGGGCUUGAAUUCUGGACCAGAUUGCAGACUAGCUGAAACAGGCAAAAGCACCCCUCCAUAAGACACACCCACCGGUGCCAAGUGAGUUUGCCGUUCUCAUGGCAACACCUGGAAAUUACUGCCCCUUUCCAUGGCAAUGACCUGAAAGUCACCACCCCUUUUCUAGAAAUUUCUAAAUAACCUCCUUAAUUUUCAUAUAAUUACAAGUGGGUAUAAAUAUAUGUGCAGAACUGCCUCUGAGCUGCUACUCUGGGCUCACUGCCUAUGGGGCAUCCCUGCUCCAUAAGGAGCAGUACCUCUGCUGCCACUGUGCACGGCUGCUUCAAUAAAAGUUGCUCUCUAAU